GUGAGAUCAGUCUCCGAUUAACAGCCUAGGCUCGCGGUUGAAGCAUUUUCGGACGGACGGUUGUUUGGCUUCGCGGAUUGUGUUCCAAAACGCGAUUGACCGUUGCUCAUAACUGGUGCUUGGCGAUCCUUACAGAAUUCGGAAGAAGGUCACCAUUUCACCAUUGGGAAAUUGUGAAGAACGCGGUUAGUGAAAACGUUUUUGUUGGGCUUUAUCGAGAAAAAAAAGGUGCACGUGGAAAACCUUUCUCUUUCUUGAAACCCGUUAAUUACAAGGACCAUUGCGAUGAAGUUCACUAAAGCCAUCAAUCCGCCGGACAACUACAAAUUUCCGUACUCCGAUGAGUUGCGCAAAAUAGCCGAAGAGGAGCUGGGCGAAACGGAUGCCAAACGAGACCACGCGCUCAAGAUGAUCCGCGAAUGGGCCGAGACGAAUCCACGCAUCGAGAAAAUCAGAAUGGAUUCCACAUUUCUUCUGAAAUUUCUCCGUACGAAGAAGUUCAACAUUCCGGUCGUUCAGGAGAAUAUUGAACGGUUCAUACUAUUAAGACACUAUAAAGAUGGACAACUGUUUAUGAAUUUGGACUGCCGUCUGCCCAAAAUGGCCAAACUGCUGGACCUGGGAUACAUGUUUGCACUGCCUAAGAGGGACAAAAACGGUCGUCGGGUUAUGUUCUAUCGUCCGGGAGUUUUUGAUUUGAAUGAAUUCAAAAACGAAGACAUGCUCAGGAUCCACGGCAUCUGUUAUGAAACGUUGUUGGCAGAUGAGGAAAAUCAAAUACGAGGUAUAGUGCACGCGGGUGUCGGAACCGGCAUCGGACUGCAGUAUCUGACACUGUUCUCGAUUAAGGAAGCGGUUAGAAUUGCCAAGAAUGGAGAGAAACUGCUGCCGAUGAGACAUCGGGAAAUGCAUGGUUGCAACAUAAACCCUGCGCUGAAACUUGCCGUCGAUUGGGGAUUAUCUCUGAUUUCGGACAAAUUGAAGAAGCGAGUCCGGUUGUAUACCGACAUCAAGGACAUCGAAAUGGACAAGAGUUUGUUGCCGAAGGAAUAUGGCGGUGUUAUGCCAAUGGCAGAGAUGAUUAAACUGUGGAAGAAGGAAGUAGAAGCACACAGACCGGUUCUUCUGAAAGAUGAUGAGAUGUCUGUUCACAUGCACAUGUACCCGGAAGCUGCCCGAGAUGGAUCAGUUAGUUCCCUGAAGCAAAAUUUCAACGUCUGUUCGGGUUUCACCGGAAAGAACUCUACCUAUGGAUUGGCAGGUAGCUUUCGGAAGCUUGAAGUUGAUUAAAAUAUAACCUUGUAUGUUGAAAUUUGUUCUUUGUUUACUGUAGUUUAAUUCGUACACAUAAUUUUCUAAAUAAAAUUGGAUUAUAACCUUAUGUAAGAAACAAAAUUACACACCAUCAUAUCUUCAAACUAUCAGGAGAAUAAGCUCACAACUCCGAAUGGGAAACUGAAAUUAUUCGUCACUGUUUGCACUCCUCGUGGAAAGGUUCCAGAGUACGCAGGUCUCGCCAUGUGGGAGGCAGGGUAUUGUGUAGAUGUUUGCCACAUUUUUUGCAAGGGUCA